ACACUUACCAUUUGUCAUUUCAUUCAUCAUCGUCAUCUUCGUGUAUGAACAGCUCUGUUUCCUCUAGAUAUCGUGCGGCCUCAGCACAUAUAGUGCUUCCUAGCAUAACACCCGUGAAUAUGGCCAUAAGCGAUAUUAUACUACCACCCCUCAGGUCAAACGGUUUAUCUGGAAUCACUCCAAACGCACGGUCGUCGCUAUAUAAGGUUCUUCGUCGUACGUUCAGGAGAUUAAAACGUAUAUUCGUUGGUCGCGGUUUUAGUUCGUUUAUACGCAAUAUACUCGCACGGGAGUGGGCCAGAGUGGGCCUAAGCAUCGCACUACGCGCAUGGGUCAAAAUCAUGACAGGCCUGCAGUUGUGCUUUCAGUAUCUUAGAAGCACACAAGCAUCUGAUAUGAAACUUUACCCCGGCAAACCAAAUCAUAAUAAAUAUGCCACCGAAAC